UGUACAACAGAUAGUUUGAACAGUGCCUUCAUACCUAACUGACUUAAGUUAAGUAAUGCUUAAAGUAGUAAUAUAGCUUAUAAUAUAUUCUGUAGUACAAUGUAACUAUUUUAGCCAAUAUUAAAUUAAAUUAAAUUGAAUAAUGUUAUUUGAUUAGAUAGGUCCAUUUGUAAAGCCUUUUGAAAUAGUAAAAUUAGUCGAAAAUGACGUUUUGAACGAAUGGAAAGUGACGUAAGUCACAUGACCUUGAACUCUAUUUAGGUCUAACGGGAAAGUUUUUAAAUAAUUCUGUGGACAUACUAAAAUGUUAGUUAAAUUUUCACAUGUGUGUAGAGGAAAACAAUUUUAAAUAGUUUUGUCCUGAAAAUGUUUAGUUCAAAGUUCGGUCGAAUCGCAAAAUAUUCACUUCUUGCCGGCACAGUUGCGGGAACUGCUGCAAGUUUGAAAGGUAAUCAGUAUGAAUUAGAUUCAAUUGGAAUUGUACGACUUACGAGAGCGGCAGUCACAGUUUUUAAUAUCGGUGUCAUAUAUAAAAAGGAGCUGCAUACCAAAGGUUUAAUUAGGGGAUCAGAUGAAUAUAACAAAAUUAAAUCAAAAUGUCAUAAAUUAAGUGCAGAAAAGCUAUUAGAAUUAUGUUGUACAAAUAAAGGUGUAUAUAUAAAAGUGGGCCAGCAUAUAGCAGCUUUAGAUUACCUUAUUCCACCAGAAUAUGUCCAGACCUUAAAAGUUUUACAUUCGAAUGCACCCACUAACAAACUUGAAGAUGUCUACAAAGUUAUCAAAGAAGAUUUGAAAAAGGAUCCAUCAGAAUUAUUUGAAACUUUUGAUCCAGAACCAUUGGGUACAGCAUCUUUAGCACAAGUUCACAAAGCAACCUUAAAAGAUGGAUCUGUUGUUGCUGUUAAAGUGCAACACCCUUAUGUUCAAGGAAAUUGUCGAGUGGACAUGACCACCAUGGAAUUAUUAGUCAAGAUAAUGAGUUGGGUUUUCCCUGAAUUUAAAUUUCAAUGGCUAGUAGAUGAGUCCAAGAAGAACAUUCCUCAGGAGUUGAAUUUCAUUCAAGAAGGCAAGAAUGCUGAAAAAAUAUCUAAACUAUUUGAAAAUUAUGACUGGCUAAAGGUUCCAACAAUAAGGUGGGAUUUAACUACAUCAAGAGUGUUGACAAUGGACUUUGUUGAAGGGGGACAAGUUAAUGACUUAAAUUACAUAAAAGACAAUAAAAUUAAUGCAUUUGAAGUAACUGAUAAAUUAGGAAAGUUAUAUUCACAAAUGAUUUUUAUGAAUGGAUUUGUCCACAGUGAUCCACACCCUGGUAAUAUUCUUAUCAAGAAAAAUGAAAAAGGAAGUUGUGACAUAGUUCUACUUGAUCAUGGUUUAUAUGCAAAAUUAAAAGAUGACUUUAGAGUAGGGUAUGCCAAUCUUUGGUUAAGUAUAUUGAAAAAAGAUAGAGUUGAGAUGAGAAAAUAUGCUAGUCAAUUAGGAAUUGAAGGAAAUAUGUAUGGAUUGUUUGUUUGUAUAGUUGCUGGCAGACCCUGGGAAGCUGUUUUGAAAGGGGUAGACCAACUUGAACCAGAUAAAGCGGAAAAAGACUUCGUUCGUGAUUCUUUCACUGGACUCUUACCACAAAUUUCAGACAUUCUCCAAAAUGUCAAUAGACAAAUGCUAUUAAUAUUAAAAACUAACGAUUUACUUAGAAGUAUAGAACAUACAUUAAAGACGAAUUCCAGACAUGGCGCAUUUUGCGUAAUGUCUGAGUGUUGCGUCAAAUCUGUUUACAAUCAGAAAUACAGUAAUUCAAAUAAAACAUUGGAGAAAUUUAAAUUCAGAUUAGCAAAGUACUGGCAUCUAUUUAAAAUUAAUGUGUAUUAUACAUACUUGACUAUAAAAAAUUCCUUGUACAUGUAUUAAAUAGGUAGGAUUAUAUUAUUUGGGACAGAUGUAAAUUAUUUAAUAUGUAUAAAUUACUAAAAUAUU